CACUCGCAUAUAUACUCUUCUCAUCGGUUCUACCUUCAAGGCUUUCAAAUCACUCUUCCCGGAACUCUCUAGAUUGAUACUUCCUCUCUCCAGAUCGGAGAUUUGUUUCUGUUUCUGAAAUGGCUACUGCUACUCUCAGCCCUGCUGAUACCGAGAAGCUCUCGAAGCUUACGUCCGCCGUUGCCGGCCUUACGCAGAUCAGUGAAAAUGAGAAAUCUGGAUUCAUUAACCUCGUUACUCGCUAUUUGAGCGGUGAAGCCCAGCAUAUUGAAUGGGGUAAGAUCCAGACUCCAACUGAUGAGGUGGUGGUGCCUUAUGACAAUUUGGCAGCUCUCUCUGAAGAUCCAGCAGAAACCAAGAAGCUCUUGGACAAGCUUGUUGUUUUAAAGCUUAAUGGAGGAUUGGGAACAACAAUGGGAUGCACUGGUCCAAAGUCAGUUAUCGAAGUCCGUAAUGGUUUGACAUUCCUUGACUUAAUUGUCAAGCAAAUUGAGAGUCUCAAUUCCAAGUAUGGAUGCAGUGUGCCCCUGCUUCUGAUGAAUUCAUUCAACACUCAUGAUGAUACACAGAAGAUUAUAGAAAAGUAUGCAAAUUCCAACAUAGAGAUCCACACUUUCAACCAGAGCCAGUACCCUCGUCUUGUUGUUGAAGACUUUUUACCUUUACCAUGCAAAGGCAAUGCUGGAAAGGAUGGAUGGUACCCACCAGGUCAUGGUGAUGUAUUCCCUGCAUUGAUGAACAGUGGUAAACUUGAUGCCCUAUUGUCAAAGGGCAAGGAGUAUGUCUUUGUUGCCAAUUCGGAUAACUUGGGUGCUCUGGUUGAUCUAAAGAUUCUAAAUCAUUUGAUCAACAACAAGAAUGAGUAUUGCAUGGAGGUUACACCCAAAACAUUGGCUGAUGUAAAAGGUGGUACCCUAAUUUCUUAUGAAGGAAAAGUGCAGCUUCUGGAAAUAGCCCAAGUCCCUGACGAACAUGUUAAUGAAUUCAAGUCAAUAGAAAAAUUCAAAAUUUUCAACACCAACAAUUUGUGGGUGAAUCUGAAUGCAAUUAAAAGACUUGUCCAAGCAGAUGCACUCAAGAUGGAGAUCAUUCCCAACCCCAAGGAAGUGGAUGGGGUUAAAGUACUUCAACUUGAAACUGCUGCCGGUGCUGCAAUUAAGUUCUUUGAUCAUGCUAUUGGUGUCAAUGUUCCCCGAUCUCGCUUCCUUCCAGUAAAAGCAACUUCUGAUUUACUCCUAGUCCAGUCCGAUCUUUACACCUUGACGGAUGAUGGCUAUGUUGUUAGGAACCCUGCCCGUUCCAACCCUUCGAAUCCUUCUAUUGAAUUAGGACCUGAAUUCAAGAAGGUUGCCAACUUUUUGGCUCGCUUUAAGUCCAUUCCCAGUAUUGUUGAACUGGAUAGCUUAAAGGUGUCAGGGGAUGUAUGGUUUGGAUCUGGCAUUACUUUGAAGGGGAAGGUCACGAUUACUGCAAAAUCUGCCAAGUUAGAAAUUCCAGAUGGAACUGUAAUUGCCGACAAGGAUAUGGAAUGAGUUGCUUUUCUUGUUGAUGAUGAGUGUAUCAAAGGCACACCGUGUGUGUUUUCCCGGUUGCAGUGAUUGUAGAUUUUGAUAUUCAAAAAUAAAUGGAUCAAUUUUGUAAUGCCUUUAAGAGCAUGAGUUUCUUGCAUAUGACGUAAUGUACUAAUAUUCAAACUUGCUAUGCUUCCAUGCAAAAGCUAAUACUAUAUGUUGCAAUGUUUUCCUUAAAAUCAUUGCCUUCAGAACAGCAAUGGAACCUCAUGGUUCAUGUGAAAUUAUAGUUUAUCACUUCACGCCA